UUUGUUCCCUUUUCCUGCAUGUGAUUCUGAUCAUGUGACUGCUGGUAGAGCACACGCACAGACACACACACACACACUGAAAUCUCUGCUCUGUGUUUGAACAGGGAUGAGUUCCCGUCAUCUUCCGCUGCUGCUGCUCUGCAGUCUGCUCUGCCUUGUUUCAGGGCUGCGGCUGAAAGCAUCCUCUUUCUCCCAGGUGCCUUUCCUGACUGUGUGGAACGCCCCCACUCUCAGCUGCCUCUCUCAGUAUGGCGUGGACCUCGACCUGGGGACCUUCGACAUCGUCCACAACCAAAACCAAACCUUCAUGGGGGAAAACAUCACCAUCUUCUAUGCUGAAAAGCUGGGUCUGUAUCCCAGGUACUCCAGCCAAGGGGAGGCUUUGAAUGGCGGGGUCCCACAGAACGCCAGUCUUGAUGAACACCUCUGGGUGGCCUCUGAAGACAUCCACACCUACAUCCCAGACAGGGGGUUCCAGGGCCUGGCUGUGGUGGACUGGGAGAGCUGGAGACCUGUGUGGGAGAGAAACUGGGACAGUAAGCAGGUGUACUGGGAAGCGUCGAGAGAGCUGGUAAGGGCCAUGCACCCGGACUGGAGCCCCGCGCAGGUGGAGGCUGUAGCCCGGGUGACGUUUGAGGAAGCAGGGAGGAAUUUCAUGGAGCAAACGCUGAAACUGGGGAGAGAGGAAAGACCUAACGGGUUAUGGGGUUACUAUGGUUUCCCAGACUGCUACAACUAUUUGGGCAAAGAGAUAAACUACACAGGGGAGUGUCCGGCUGUAGCGAUGAAGAGGAACGACGAGCUGCUGUGGCUGUGGAACAGUUCCUCUGCUCUGUAUCCUGACAUCUACCUCAGCCUCGAAAUGCGAGGCCUCAGCCAAGAAGUUCUCCUCUACACUCACCACCGCAUCCUGGAGGCCAUGAGGGCGGGAGCUCAGGUGACUCCCUCAGCACCGCCUGUAUACCCCUACAGCCGCAUCGUCUAUACCUACACGUUUGAUUUCCUCUCGCAGGAGCACCUGGUCUACACCAUCGGGGAGAGCGCUGCUUUAGGGUCUGCAGGGGUGGUCCUGUGGGGCGACCAUGCCUUCUCCAAGUCUAAGGCCACUUGUGACGCUAUCAAAUUCUACAUCGAUCAGACGCUGGGUCCUUACCUGGUGAAUGUGACGUCAGCGGCCGCUCUGUGCAGCCAGACGCUGUGUUCGUCUCAAGGCCGGUGUCAGAGGAAGAACCCGACCUCCAGGGCCCACCUCCACCUGGACCCCGCUGUGUGGAAGGUGGUGUCUGAGAAGGGGCCAGACGGGAGGAAUAACUACAAAGUUUUAGGACGGAUGAGGGCCGACAAGUUCACAUUCAUGUAUUCUGAGUUUCAGUGCAACUGUUUCCCAGGGUGGGUAGGUGGGAGCUGCUCGCAGCCGACUCAGGGAUGACAGACUUUCCUGUGAGGAAAUCGAGGUAAUACAAGGACAGUAUUGGUCUAAUAAAUGUAGCAAAGUGUGAAAAUGUGUGAAAAUGAUCCACUGGGGCUUGUUUGGCCCACAGGUCAUUUUCUGCUUGAGUGCAUAUGAUCUCUUGUGAAUGUAAAUUUCCCCAAUCUUUGAGCAAUGUGUUUUCUUAAUUAAUGACUUCCCUUAGUUUAGGAAAUAAAGCCCCUCUAAGUCUUCUCCACUCAAAUAUUGGGCUUAUUGUUAAUUUAAUUGUAUGUUUGAUCUUCAGUGUACAGAAUCAUGUGCUGAGUUUUAUACAGGAAAACAGUUUUUAAAUGUACCUGCUGAAAAGGGAAAGUUUUACAAGCUUAAAUCUAAUGGAUGUAAUUUAAAGAUUUUGUAGCUAAUUACCACGUCUUGUGUGUGUGUGGAAAAAAAUCCCAAAUGAUCAAAGCAUUUAUAUAUGUCUUCAAAUGUGGCUGGAUGACAUCUUUAAUGUUAUCUUCACUGAUAUUGUGUUAGUUUUAAAAUGAUGGUCUAAUGAUACACUAAUAAACGUUAUGUUUGUUAUAAGAA